CUGAAAAAUAACACUUCCAAGUUGCAGUUGAAUCUGCGAACGCCACGCGCCAGCUCACUGGUGCGACCCGGUACAACAACAACACCUGCCACGUUGAAAAAUUCUGCGCCCGAAAUUAACAUCCGGAGCAGAGAACUGAACCCUAGCAGUAUUACCACAACAAGUUCUAAUCUAUCAGGCGUACAAAUGCGGGCACCGAAAGCGGGUUCACGGCUAGGGCUGGUACGACCAUCGUCCGGUUACUUUAGCUACAGCUCACAGAAGAAACCCGCGGACUCAGACACCGAAUCAAUCAAUAGUUUAUCAUCGUCAUCAGCUAGCUCUAGAGGAAGCUUGUACCGUGUAGAUAGCCAGAAUAUAGCUAAUAAUGUACAAAAUUACGCGACCCAUAGUAUUGAAGACAUAAGCGGCAGCGCCGGUGUAGUUAACGGUGGAAGUUUAGGGUUGCGGGCCAAUCUACCGGUGGAACCCAAUCGAACGGCAGUAAAUCCGGCCAAGAGCAUACCGGCCUCGGGUAUCAGCGGUGCGAAGCCAUCCGGCUUAAGGCCUCCCUCUAAUUUACGUCCACCGACCGCGCGCAGCGGACUCCCCCGACCGACUAGCUACGUGAGACGAUAGACUGUGAGUGCUGGUAGUUCUAAGUCAGUUUUGUAAAGAUUUUUUUUACCGAUCAGUUGUUUAGUAUCUUAGCUUGUUCUGAGCCAAAUGUAUUUUUUACUGGUGGAAUGUCUCUUCCUGAAGAUGAUAUUCAAACAGGGUUUAUGGCCUUCGUAGUGAAUCGUUCGUUUCUUUUCCGAUUGUACAAAAAUGAUGAAAAAGGAUAAGUGUCCCGUUGAGUUCCGCGAGAACUAGAUUGAUAUACGAUUGAAGCAGUCGAAUUGAUUCGACCAUCACAAACUGGCAAUACAUCAAGCAGUAUUUGUCAUUGUGAGUAUCACACAAUUUGUAAUUUCUGCAGUUUCAAUGUCAGAGUAUUUUGCAUUUGCCGUUGUUAUACGUUUUGUACAAUUGAGUUUAUUUUAUAAGUUUAGUGUUUCAAUUAUACCUUUAAGUUCUUUAUACUUUUAUUCUGAAUCGAAAUUUUUGUGCCGAUUUAUAUCGAUUCUAAUUUAGAUUCAAUCGAAUUUUAAUUCAAUCAAUUUCGGUUCACUAUAGUAACCUAUUUAUUACCAUAAAAGAAAAACUAUUCUUGUCAGUGUUUUAGAGCAAUUUAUCAAAUAAAUAUGGUUUCAAAUUUUCACUUCUCUUUUAUUAGUUGCACUAUAGCGACAUACUCACUAAAUUAUGGUAACUUAAUUGCUGCUAUAAUUCAUUAUGUAUCCUCAAGCAACUACAAAUUAUAAUAAACAUUGAUUUUACUGCCGUUAAAUUUUCUGCAACACAAUCUAAACGUUACAAUUCUGUUGUGAACUAUGCACGUAAAAGCCAUUUGAUUAUCGAUUUUAAUAGUUUCCGUUGAUAUAGCUAUUAACUCGUUCGAAAAUCCUGUCUAUGCAUUUUAAAAUCUUUGUCGUCGAAUUCUAUUGUUUAAUCGUUGUGAAUCGAUCGUCUUUAUCCUUGUGAUAAAACAAGCGAGCUCUCCUUUUCUACAUCUAGGCCGUUAACGCUAUAAUUUAGCUUAUAAGUUAGCAUAAGAAACCCGAAACCGAAUACCACAUCCAUAUAAAUUUCGCUCCGAAUGUUGAAACUGUUCCAUUUUCCACGACGACAACAUUCAAAACAAAUCUUUCCCAGGAGGCAAUCGAGAUGGAAUUGGUACAAUGAAAGACUAAAACACAAGCGAACUGAGAGAUUGUGAAAAGAAGUUAAAAGCAAACAUUGACAUUAAAACAUAAACAUAUUAUAGUGAUACUAAUGGGAUCGUUAACUGAACAUAAUUGAACACGAAGGUUCGCGAAACAAAGCGAACCUCAAUAACCGCAACCGUAAGAAUCGAACCGCUUAUUGAGCUAAUCACAAAUAAAUACACAUACACACAACUGUGAACCUAUGGCAUAUGUUCCAGCUAUCGUUGGAUCACCAUCAUGAUCAAUGCAUAAAUAUAUAUCUUGUCCAAGAAAUAUAUAUUUAUAGACUAGA